ACUUGGGGGUUCCCCACGUCUUGAUAUGAGCUGAAUUUGAUUACCAUUGUAAAUUUAGCGAUCGCAUGGAAACCUUCGACGAUCGGAGAAAAAUGCAUUGCUAAAUGCUACUGCUAGUGCACACAAUCGACGUAAAUUCUGAAUAUGUACAGCAUUCUGUUUAAGCAAGAGCAGGCCCACUCUGACAGCAUCUGGAGCUGUGCGUGGGUGAAGAGUGACAAAGAUGGCACGGAGAACAUCGUGACGGGCUCAGUGGACGACCUGGUCAAAGUCUGGCAAUGGACGAACGAUGAACUGAAGCUGAAGUGGACGCUAGAGGGCCACCAGCUAGGCCUGGUGUCAGUGGACAUCAAUCCGACGGGAACAAUUGCUGCCUCCAGCUCAUUGGAUAGCAACAUCCGUCUAUGGGACCUGGAGGUCGGCAAGCAGAUGAGGAGUCUGGAUGCCGGACCGGAGGAUGCCUGGACGAUCAUGUUCUCGCCGGACGGUCGUUUCCUUGCCACCGGGAGUCACACAGGGAAAGUCAACAUGUUCGGCGUGGAAAGCGGGAAGAAAGAAGCUUCGCUAGACACCAGGGGCAAAUUUAUCCUCAGUAUUGCCUUUAGCCCAGAUGGCAAGUACAUAGCCAGUGGGGCUAUUGAUGGCAUCGUCAAUUUAUUUGACCUUCAGACAAGCAAACUGCUUCACACAUUAGAAGGUCACGCCAUGCCGAUCAGAUCCCUGUGUUUUUCCCCGGAUUCACAACUACUGGCCACUGCCUCAGACGACGGUCAUCUUAAAGUUUACGACGUACAACAUGCCAACCUAGCCGGUACCUUAUCAGGCCACAGUUCUUGGGUUGUGAGUGUCCACUUCUGUCCCGACAACACCCACUUCGUCUCAAGCUCUUCUGACAACACCGUGAAGGUUUGGGAUGCAGGGGCGAGGCAGUGCGUGGCUACAUUCUAUGAUCACUAUGACCAGGUAUGGCAGGCUAAGUACAACGGGAACGGAUCCAAGAUAGUAUCGGUCUCAGACGACAAAGCCAUCCAUAUAUACGACUGUCCAUUAUAGUACAUAUCAACUUGGUUGUUUUUUUUGGUUGUUCAUGAGCAGUUGACGUAAGGAUGUAUUCAGAUCGCUUCUUUUUGUCCACAUUUUGUGUGAAAAUCUUUUUAACGUAUCUGUCUCGAAAAUGUAACUCAAUGUACGAAGAGCCUAAGUGGGCACAAUUUUGAAAAUUGUGUGACGCUGGGAGCAGAGAUAAGUGCUUAUUUUCAACCUAAACAUGGCGUUUUUCCACUGUAACCAAUUUCCAGCCUACAGUGCAGAUGAAGCAUUCAUGUGGGGUCGGCAGUCCAUGUUUAUAAUAAAUUCAUACCAUGCAUAUAUUUGUAUAUAUGACAUCAAGAUAUGCUGGUUGAUCAUUAACUACAGAGGGUACUGUUCCCCUUUGAACAGUUUGAAUCUGGCAGAUAUUGGCAGGAGCAAAAUAGUUGCACACGGUGUCCCAAAAAUCGAAUAUCAUAAAUGUACACCAGUGUGUGCAUAAGCGUAUGUGAACGCCUAAUUAUCUUGCUUUAACAAAAUGUGGAUUAUAUUAAACAAAAGCUAAAGCAGUACUUCCGUCACAAUUCACCAAUUACCCUUCUAAAUUCUUAAAAAUCCACCUGUUUUUUAAAGAUUGUGCAGGUGUGAGGAAGGUACGCCCAGCCACAAAUCAAUUUAUGAGGGCUAUUGAUGUCCCUUGAUAUUUGAGGAACCAUGGAUGUGCCGUCAAGUUGCUGAACAGGGUGGAUUUUGGAUGAAUUGCCUUUUCAAGAAAAGUUUUUUUUUCCUUUGGGAUUCGGAUAGAGCCUAUUCACCAAGUCUCUCACUUUUUUCUCUUGUAGAAAUAUUUUUUUAUUUUUUUUUAUUUUAGAAGGCAUUCUGCCAUUGUAAAUGCAAAGCAUCCUUUCCGUACUUCGUUUCGCAAAUGGAGAUGGCGUGUAGACAUCUGCAAGUGUAAAUAAAUGAGCAGUAAAUUUUGCAAAACA